UCUUCAGGGAUAUCAGAGUAGAUUUCAAAGUGCCAAGGAUUUUGUGAUGUCUGUAAUGUUUGCCAAUUACACAGGGUCGAAUUCAAGUAUCCCUGGCGUGUCUAAUGAAUGUAGUUUUCAGCCAGCAACGCUGUCACUCAAAAUCGGCUUAACGAUUGCCUACGUCAUCAUUUUCUUCAUUGGUUUCUUUGGCAACGCAAUGAUUAUCUUCCUAGUCAACCACUAUCCCGAAUUAAAGACGACCUUUAAUAUAUUAAUUGUUAACAUGGCGGCCUCCGAUAUCCUUGACGUCAUUACGGCCAUCCCCCUAUCCCUUACGUACUUGUAUGAAAGCGUAAGGUGGUUUCCAGGCGGAUUUGGUGUUUUUCUUUGCAAGAGUCUGCCAUUUCUUGCCUAUACUUCCAUUGGCUCAUCCAUCCUGACGUUGACAGUCAUGACCUAUGACCGCUACCACGCAGUCGUGCGCACAAUGAGAAGACCCCUGGCUUUUAGGCUGAUAGUGACGGCAAUCGUUUCAACAUGGGUCAUUCCUGCGGUAGUGUUUGCGAGUGAACUUUACAAGUACAAGCUCUACCAUGAAUCGGGUCAAGUCAUAUGCGCCCCGCGAUGGGUGGACGAUCUUUUAGCUUCUCAUGAAAUAACGAAGUACGAGAUGAUCAUCCGGUUUGUUUUGUUUUACCUGAUUCCUCUAUUAGUCAUGACCGUUCUCUAUUCAAAGAUUGUGCUGCGCAUGUGGAAAAGAAGGGCACCCGGUGAACAUAUCGAUAAAAAUCGUCAGCGAAUCGAAAUGCAAAAUCGUAAAGUCAUCAUUAUGCUGAUAACCGUAGUGACCAUAUUUGCCCUCUGUUGGCUUCCAGUGCAAGCCACUCACUUUCUGCUAACGUUCAACCUUAACAUCUGUCUCAGUACGUCCUUAACGUUAACCCUCUUUGUUGUCUCACAUGCCUAUCCUGCAAUCAACCCAUGCCUGUAUCUUAUAUUCAACGAGAACUUCCGUGGAGCGUUUAGACACCAGCUGCGUAAAAGUCAGAGAUCCAAACGUCUUUCUGUUACUGUGAGUAAUGGCACGCACAAAAGUGGCUCACACGCUGUCGGCGCCACUGAAUGCCACAGAUUGCUGGCGUUAGACAGAUAUAAAACAAGGGAAAGUGUGGUUUGAAAUCAAUACUACAUUAAAUCAAA